AUGGCGGUCCUGUCGAUCUGUCUUUCCCAGUCUCCCUUUUUCUUUCUUUUCAAGACACAACAAUUCAAAAUGGGCAAGCGCACCAAGAAGGUCGGCAUCACUGGAAAGUACGGAACUCGCUACGGUUCGACUCUGCGUAAACUGCUGCGUAAGAUUGAAGUCAGUCAGCACUCUACCUACCGAUGUGUCUUUUGCGGUAAAGACAGCGUCAAGCGCAAGUGUGCGGGAAUCUGGGACUGCCGAAGCUGUGGAAAGGUGAUUGCCGGAGGAUGUUACACCCUCAGUACUGCCAGUGCCGUUACGGUUCGGUCUACCAUUGGACGUCUUCGUCGUCUUCAAGUGGAAGCUAGCUAG